AUGUCAUCAAAUCACCUCAAAAAGUGGCGAUCUACUCCAGACUCUGAGGCAUCGAAGAGCUCAGACUUUGAAAGUCACAAGAUAGAAGCAACCCAGUCAGGGCCACGCCGGCAGUUAUCGGUACAAAAAUCAUCACAACUUAAUGUUAAAAAUCCAGUAUCUGAAGCGCGAAAGUUAUCUUUUACUUCCAACUCAAUGUCACUAUCUGUGUCCUAUCCUAGCACGCCUUCUAUUGAUGGUAGCUCUUGGGGUCAAUCGACACAGGGAAAGAAUAUUAGCACAGGACCCCAAGCUCAUAAUACCUUCCCAUUCAGUAAUGGAAUUUGGAACGCUGAAAAUCGAAAGGAAUCUCUUUCUCGACUUAUGGAAGUUCAGCCAUCUCCUAAAUCCACAACUUCGCCCACAUCUCCAAAAUCAAGUCUAUGUGAGGAUUCCAAAAAUUUUUUGAGUGAUCGGUCUACAAAUACACCUAUACCAUUUGCAAUUCCAUUACACCCCACACCAAAGACCUACCGAUCACAGUCGUAUUCUGUGGGCCAGCUUGAUCUGGGCUCGCCAGAACAACUCAAGACCCAACCUUACCAGACAUUGAAUAGUCGUGGUAGAUUUACCCCUCACUCGGUACUUCAACACAGGCCUUCUAGACCCAGUAUGCUUAGUGAAAUGUCUAGGGAGAGUGUCCUUGGAAAUCUAAGGGAGGAUGACGAUUACGAAGAUGAGAAAAAAUUAUUUUAUGAUUCCAAAAUCUCAUGCAAUCUGAGCGACAAAAAGACUAUCGAUCUAGCAGCCCACGAAAACAAAUUAUUGAAUAGAAUGUCGUGCAACUAUCACCUACGAUCGCAGUCAAAUAGUGACUACGCACAGACUUGUGUAUUAUGGGGAACCCAAACUGAAGAACUAGAGUCUGCCAUAGAUGAAAUUGAUGAUGCAAAUGACCACGGAACUGUUAGUAUGUCCAAAGAAUACGGACUUCAUCGUAGUGAUCACAUAGAAGUAAUCCAACCAGGGUUAUCUAAACUUAAUCUUGCUGAAAACCAAAGGCUAGAAAAUUUUAAAAAAACUUUUUGGCAGAGUUCGCUUGAUUUUGGCGGGAUAUCUAACAGCCCACACAGCAGGCGACAUUCAUUCGCUAAUAUUCCGACUCGAAAUAACUUAUUCAGCUCUUAUGACGAGUUAGUACCUAUAAAUGCUCGUCCUGAUAAUUUGUCAUGUGAAGGAUAUUCAAAUAAUAGCAAAAGUCAUGUCAUAUACUCAUUCAAAGGUCGUAUGAAUUCUUACCGAGCAGCUUCUCAGGCUCAUUUAAAAAAUUUGGGAACCUAUAGUAGUCAGAACUACUACAAAGCCACACACUCAAAUCUAGCUAAUGCUCAACAUGAUACCAAUGGAGCCGACAUGCAACCAAAUAGGAUUUAUAACGCUCCAAACUUCGGUCAAGGCUUACCUUUAUUUAUUGUACUAUUUAAAUGCUACCGUUCUGGAGUUUUCUACAUUCAGAAGGGAACAGGACUUUCCGUAAAGCCUGGAGACUCGGUUAUUGUAGAGGCAGAUAGAGGAACUGAUUUAGGAACUGUGUCAUGUGCUAACAUAGAUUGGGUCACGGCAAAAGGACUUCACGAGAAUUACUGCGAAGACCACUACAAAAGACUAAUGAUGUUCUCUCAAAAUUCUACAGGAUCUCUGGUCAGUUCCGAUAAAGGUCACAUGACUUCGGCAAAGUGUACAUACGAUAACUUUGCGGUCCAUGUAGAUGGGUCAAGCCAUGUCAAUGUGCCAGAGUCGAGGGCUAUUGAUUUUAAGCCGAAGAUAAUCAAGAGACUAGCUCAGCAACACGAAGUCCAAGCCCUGUCCGAGAAGGAAGCUAAGGAAGCCACGGCAAAGCGAGUGUGCGUCCAAAAGGUCCAGGACCACGGCCUUGAAAUGGAAAUUCUCGACGCCGAAUUUCAGAUGGAUUGGAAAAAAUUGACUUUUUACUAUUUCGCAGAUACUUACGUCAACUUCAACUCACUUGUGGCUGAUUUAUUCAGAAUCUAUAAAACUAGAAUCUGGAUGUCUGCAAUUAACCCAGCAUCUCAUGCCAGCUCAUCUCUUGGCGAUCAAGUAUCUGGCAGUUUUGGACCUAGCACUGGAAACCAAUCAGUACAGACCAGAUAUCCCUUUCAAUCCUUUGAACUACCACAGCCUAUUUCCAACGCUCGGGCUCAACGCGUCACUCAAAAUAUAACUUUCCCACCAAUUAACAUCCCAACCGAUCCUUAUUUGGCCAUGUAUUUAACACCUCACCCUCCAACCAAAUUCUCUACCAAUUUUGGAGCUGAGGCUCGACGAGAUAAUUCUACUACAUCCAAAUUCGUAGGUAGUGUAAACUCAUAUGAUAACUUUCAAGGUCCGAUUAAUUUCGCAAAUCAAUCUACCCACUUUUCGUCAUUGUCUAGAUCGACCGUGAUCCCAAACAACUGUAGUAGAUUUCAACAAAACCUAAAAGAAUUUAGGAUGAAUAAUCAUUUAGGAGUCUCCAUAAACUACCGAUGA